AAACCAAAUUGUCAGCGUUUUUCUUUUGUGCGGCAAUGUGUGUCGUCGUUCAGGACCCAAAAGGGCCUUGCCCCUAAAAAAAAAGCUACUAAAAUCACACAAAAUAUUAAAAAAAAUUAAAACAAAAUUUAUAAAUAAAAUAUAGAUAAAUAAAUAGAAAGCGUAAAGCUUGUGCUGAAAUCAUGCCCUUGAAGACAGGCGCCAAUGGCGGCGGCGACUACGACUCCCAGGACGAGGCCAGCACGGAGCUGCUGGAGAAGCUGAAGCAUUUGGAUCGCCGCGUGGAUGCCGCUGAGGCUGGCGGCACUGGCGGCCUGUGCGGCCGCCGAUCCUCCUGCUGGCAGUCAAUGAGAUGGAAAUCUGCACUCAAUCAUAUUGGAUUGCUCGUCUCCCUGUCCAUCUACUGCGGCGUGGGCGGCUUGAUCUUCCGCCACUUGGAACGUCCAGCUGAGGUGCAACGUUUGAGCCAUUUGAAGGACGUGGUGAAGACCCACAGAGAGCGCUUCAUGAGCACAAUUUUGAACAACACCGAAGUGAACAAUCUCAACGAGCUGUUGUCAUUUGAACUGGCCAAAUAUGAAGCGGCAGUCCAACUGGCGGCAGAGGGCGGGCUGCUAAUUGUGGCCGAUAGAGACUUUCCAGAGCCCUACGAGCGUUGGAGCAUACUGCAAGCUGUGUUCUUCUCAUCGACUGUGUUAACAACGAUAGGUUAUGGCAACAUUGUGCCCGUGACAACCGGCGGACGUGUAUUUUGCAUUUGUUUUGCCCUCAUUGGCAUACCCUUUACGCUGACGGUCAUUGCCGACUGGGGUCGACUCUUCGCCACCGCUGUCUCUGUGUUCGGCAAACAUAUGCCCACCAAGCCAAAGUUUACCAAUUUCAUUGGCAAAACCUGGUUCUAUGCCAUACUGGCCGUUGGCUUUUUGGGCGUCUACUUGGCCGCCGGUGCGGGUCUGCUGUUGCUUUGGGAGGAUGAUUGGACAUUCUUUGAUGGUUUCUACUUUUGUUUCAUAACCAUGACGACCAUUGGAUUCGGUGAUCUGGUGCCAAAGAAACCCAACUAUAUGCUGCUCUGCACUUUGUACAUUCUAAUUGGACUGGCGCUGACAUCGACCAUUAUUGAGCUGGUGAGGCGUCAAUAUGCCACCAGUUGGGCCAAGUUGCAGGAACUUUCCGGUCCCAUGGCGGAGACUCUGCGUCGCUUGGGCGAGACAGCCGGCACGGGUCUGGACUAUGCAGCGCUACAAAAAGUUUUAACUGUUUCCAUGCCAAAGUGGAACAGCAAGAAGAACGAUCACAGUCCGGAUAUAGCUGCGCUGGAGGCCAUCACCAAUGCCAUACUAAAGGAGGUGAAGGAAGCACAAAAUAACAAGCCCAAAGUGCUGCAAAUUGUCAUCUACGAGUCAUCUGUCUAGGCAAAAAUAGGGGAUGGUAGAACGAGAGAGAGAGAGAGAGAGAUAGAGCUGCUUCCAGCAAAUAAUUAUCUGCAGCAUAAUUUAAGGCGCACACCAAGUUAGAAAAAGAGAGAGAGGGGAAAAAUAUAUCAAGAGAAAAUACUUAUCAGAAAAGUUAGGCUUGAAUUGAGUUCGGUUGACAGUGGGCACUGGCUAAGAGGGUUACUGUACUGUCCGGCUACUGUACUGCCACUGCCAGACUUCCAUGAAUUAAUGUCUAGUGUACAUAUAGCUAUUAUUUAGUCAAAUGUCUAGGCAAUAAUAUUGCUCAUACGUACUGAGGUCACUGCAUAAUUAUUUAUUUAUUUAAAUGGGGCACGAGGGGGC